AUGGCAAAGAGUAAUAAAAUGGAUAAUAAUAAUAAUAAUAAUAAUAGUAACAGUGUUAAUAAUGACAAUAGUAGUAAUGACAGCAGUGUUAGUAGUAAUAGUAAUGUAAAUAAUAAUAAUAAUAUUAAUAAUAGUAAUGUAAAUAACAGUAGUAACAGUAGAAUAACUACAACUAAUACAUUGAAUAGACAACCUACGAUACCACCGACACUGUCAACCGAUUACUUGAAUGAGAGCAGCGAGAUCACAAAGAAACUACAGGAGAUAGACAGACAGAUAAAACAAUCGAAACGACCUACCACCAACAUUGUCAGAGUGAGUCAACUCGAUUCAACAAAGUUAGAUGAAGAGAUAUUAGAACUAUUGAAAGCACAAUUCAUGAGAAUAUUUAUGUUUUUUAAGCCAACAUUUGUACAAAACUUUCAACCAGAGAUCAACUUGAUAUUGAAAUCAGUCAUAUAUAAACUAUCGAUAUUCAAUCUUGGUACAACCUAUGGUAAUCAAUUACAGAAUUUAACAUAUAGAAAUGAAGCUGCAUUCGAUCCCUCUAAAGGAUCCGAUUAUUUAACGAAAUUAACAUUGAAACAGAAAUGGUUAUCUGGUAUUAUUUUGAUUGGUGGAGAAUGGGCAUGGGCUAGAAUCAAUAGGCUAGCGAUCAAUGAGAGUUGGGGAGACCGUCCAGAUGACGACUAUCGUAAGAGGCUAUGGAAACUAUUGAAUCAGUUGGAAUCACUCUACAAGAUACUCUCGCUAGUAAACUUUUUAGCUUUCCUAUUCGAUGGUAAAUACGUGACACUUGUCAACCGUCUUCUCUGCAUGCGUCUAGUCUAUGCCCAUCCAUCUCUAAGCAGAAGAAUCUCAUUCGAAUAUAUGAAUAGACAAUUAGUAUGGCAUGGUUUCACUAUAAAGGGAUUCCUUUAUAGAGCAAUUCAAAAACCAAGCAAUAUGUUGUCACAACAGAGAAAUGGAGGUGGUGCUGCCAAUGGUGUGUCACAGCAGCAAGUGUUGUCACCACAAUUGCUGGCGGAUCAGGUGUUACAGAAAUGUCCGAUAUGCAUGAACGAUCCUAUUAAUAUACCGUAUAUCUCUGACUGUUCACAUUUGUUCUGUUACUACUGUAUAAAGACUUCGAUGAUGAUCGAUUCAUCGUUUUCAUGUCCAAGAUGCAAUUCACUCAUUUCCAAUAUAAAACGUUUCCAACCAUUCAGUAACAGUAAUUCAAACUCACCUAUUUCAACAUCUUCAUCGUCAUCUUCAUCUUCAUCUUCAUCUUCAUCGUCAACUUCUUCCUCAUCACCUCAGCAUUCACCAUAG